UGAGGCUGCAGGUCAGGUGGGGCCGGGCACCCCCAGUCAUCCACCAUGGUGGUGGCACACCCCACUGCCACUGCCACCACCACGUCCACUGCCACCGUCACGGCCACCGUUGUGAUGACCACGGCCACCAUGGACCUGCGGGACUGGCUGUUCCUCUGCUACGGGCUCAUCGCCUUUCUGACGGAGGUCAUCGACAGCACCACCUGCCCCUCCGUGUGCCGCUGCGACAACGGCUUCAUCUACUGCAACGACCGGGGGCUCACCUCCAUCCCUGCUGACAUCCCCGACGAUGCCACCACCCUCUACCUGCAGAACAACCAGAUCAACAAUGCCGGCAUCCCCCAGGAUCUCAAGACCAAGGUCAACGUGCAGGUCAUCUACCUGUACGAGAACGACCUGGAUGAGUUCCCCAUCAACCUGCCCCGUUCCCUGCGGGAGCUGCACCUGCAGGACAACAACGUGCGCACCAUCGCCAGGGACUCGCUGGCCCGCAUCCCGCUGCUGGAGAAGCUGCACCUGGAUGACAACUCCGUGUCCACCGUCAGCAUCGAGGAGGACGCCUUCGCCGACAGCAAGCAGCUCAAGCUGCUCUUCCUGAGCCGGAACCACCUGAGCAGCAUCCCCUCGGGGCUGCCCCACACACUGGAGGAGCUACGGCUGGACGACAACCGCAUCUCCACCAUCCCGCUGCAUGCCUUCAAGGGCCUCAACAGCCUGCGGCGCCUGGUGCUGGACGGCAACCUGCUGGCCAACCAGCGCAUCGCGGAUGACACCUUCAGCCGCCUGCAGAACCUCACGGAGCUCUCCCUGGUGCGCAACUCGCUGGCUGCCCCUCCCCUCAACCUGCCCAGCGCCCACCUGCAGAAGCUCUACCUGCAGGACAAUGCCAUCAGCCACAUCCCCUACAACACGCUGGCCAAGAUGCGCGAGCUGGAACGGCUGGACCUGUCCAACAACAACCUAACCACACUGCCCCGCGGCCUGUUCGACGACCUGGGGAACCUGGCCCAGCUGCUGCUCAGGAACAACCCCUGGUUCUGUGGCUGUAACCUCAUGUGGCUGCGGGACUGGGUGAAGGCACGGGCGGCCGUGGUCAACGUGCGGGGUCUCAUGUGCCAGGGCCCCGAGAAGGUGCGGGGCAUGGCCAUCAAGGACAUCACCAGCGAGAUGGACGAGUGCUUCGAGACGGGGUCACAGGGUGGCGCGGCCAAUGCAGCCGCCAAGACCACAGCAAGCAACCACGCCUCCGCCACCACGCCCCAGGGCUCGCUGUUCACCCUCAAAGCCAAGAGGCCAGGGCUGCGCCUCCCCGACUCCAACAUUGACUACCCCAUGGCCACAGGUGACGGCGCAAAGACGCUGGUCAUCCACGUGAAGCCCCUAACGGCAGACUCCAUCCGCAUCACGUGGAAGGCCUCGCUCCCCGCCUCCUCCUUCCGGCUUAGCUGGCUGCGCCUGGGCCACAGCCCGGCCGUGGGCUCCAUCACAGAGACCCUGGUGCAGGGGGACAAGACGGAGUACCUGCUGACGGCCCUGGAGCCCAAGUCCACCUAUGUCAUCUGCAUGGUCACCAUGGAGACCGGCAACACCUACGUGGCCGACGAGACACCCGUGUGCGCCAAGGCAGAGACGGCCGACAGCUACGGCCCCACCACCAUGCUCAACCAGGAGCAGAACGCCGGCCCCAUGGUGGGCCUGCCCCUGGCGGGCAUCAUUGGUGGCGCUGUGGCUCUCGUCUUUCUCUUCCUGGUCCUGGGGGCCAUCUGCUGGUACGUGCACCAGGCUGGCGAGCUGCUGACCGGGGAGAGGGCCUACAACCGGGGCAGCAGGAAAAAGGACGACUAUAUGGAGUCGGGAACCAAGAAGGAUAACUCCAUCCUGGAAAUCCGCGGCCCUGGGCUGCAGAUGCUGCCCAUCAACCCGUACCGCGCCAAAGAGGAGUACGUCGUCCACACCAUCUUCCCCUCCAACGGCAGCAGCCUCUGCAAGGGCACGCACACCAUCGGCUACGGCACCACGCGGGGCUACCGGGAUGGCGGCAUCCCCGACAUAGACUACUCCUACACGUGAUGCCGCCGGGCCCCACCCCAGCCCCACCCCAGCCCCCGGCCGUCCUGGCGCGGCCAUGCGGCUUUGCCCAGCCUGCUGCAACCACAGAGAGCAAAGAAAAGAAAUUCCACCGAUGACCUUCCCGGCAGAAAGCGAAAUUCGGGGAGGGUUGACGAUUUUGUAGAACACAACAGUGGAAAAAAAAUUUUUUUUUUAAAGAAUAGAAGGCAGGAAGGAGGGUAGAUUCGACGUUGUUGAAGACAUAAUUUAUCCCCGGUGAUGCCAGCUGGGGAGGGAAGGACUAAAAAUAAUAUCGCAGGAAGGGUUUUUUUUUUUUUUCCUGAACUGGAAAGAUACUACCUGUACAACGUCUGUGUACACCUCAUGCUCUGUUCAGGGCCGUCACAAAGGAACCGUCAGGGAGAAGCCGCCGACACGCGAAGCCCCCGCGCAGCCCUCCCGCCGCCGCUGCUCGCUGGCUCCGCGAUGGAGGGUUUUCAGGCUCCUCACAAAGGAGAAGGGAAGAAAAGAUCUUUUGCUAUGGAGAUAUUGUCCUGAAAUCUCUUCCCUGGUUUGUUCCGUACCAUUUCCCUUACAGAUUUGCAGAAACAUGGCGUCUUUCACUGCGUUCUUUGAACAAUCAUGUAGUCAAUUAAAAAAA